CAAUCUGGCAACACUGCCCUGUAGCCGCCUUCUGCCUCGCUCGUCGUGGCUCUGUUUAUCUCAUAUGCCCUCCAGUCCCUGUCUGUAAAUCGUAUGAACUGAACAUUGCAGACUCCCGAACGACUGUAUGAGUGGGCAAACCUAUACCUCACCCUCUGCGGAGGAGACCGAGAUGAACCGCAUCCACUAUGAUCUGGAGUACACAGAGGGCAUCAACCAGCGCAUGAGAAUCCCAGAGACCCUCAAGGUGGCCCCGGACGCUCACUCCGGGGGGCUGCCUGUCCAUCACCUCUUCCCCUUCCCCACCACGCUCAUGCAAGUACCCGAGAGGAUCAUCAUAGCGGGAGAUGAAGAUGAUCCUCGGUUUUCCCGGCCCCACGACCUGGACCUGAUCCAAACCACUGGACCUCCCAUGGACCUGCUGGACAUGAAGGCCCCCCCACGUACCCUAACCCUCUCUGAGCAGCCCCUGGAUUCCCUGGAGACGGAGCAGACCCCGUCGCCCCAGUCCCACGUCAGCCAGGGGGUGCGCUCUCAUUCACGGUCUCGACGGGAACGGAGCGUGAGCGAGAACCUGGCCCCUCGGCAUGUCAGCCACACCGGCCGAGCGGACAUGAGUGUGUCCCCGUCCCCCUCGGCCGCCCCCCCGCCGUUCCGGGCGUGCCCCCCUCUCUGUUCCCCGGAGGACGCCAACUACAGCCUGUACACAGCGGGGGGCGUGCUCUGCUACAUCCAGUCCACCACGCGCCGGGCCUACCAGCAGGUCCUGGAGCUCCUGGAGGACGGCCCGCGCAGGACCCAGAUGGAAAUGACCCUUGAUUUAGCAGCUGAGGAGUCCAGUUUGGUGGACGCGUCCUCCCUGCGACGUCAGAUUGUGAAGCUGAACCGCCGUCUGCAGCUGCUGGAGGAGGAGAACAAGGAGCGCUCCAGGAGAGAGAUGAUUCUGUACUCUGCCACCGUGGCCUUCUGGCUGGUCAACACCUGGACCUGGUUCCGUCGCUAACAACCACCCAC